AAAAUGUUUGAAAAUAUGGCGCUAACACCUUUUGCACACCCUCAGGACACCACUACCGGCAGCAGCAACUCCACCCCAGAGCUGCAGAUGGGCGAGGUCUUCUCCCCACCGCUUGAGGGCAUCGGGGAAGGGUUCAGCUCCCCCAAGGCCCGCACCCCUCUCAGGGCCACCCCACACCUGCUGCUGGAGACGCCCUACAUCUCCAACCUGCGAAUCCUGCUGGCCGAGGCGCUCAACAGGCCCGUGACAGUGUUCAACAGGCAGCGGCACACCAUCUUUGCCGUGGCGAUGGAGGGGCUGGCGCUCCCCCUUGCUGUGGCCCUGGCGCUUGUGAUCAACGGGCUGCGGCUUUACCAUGGGGGCUGGGGGGGUGACUGGGGGGAGGGGCUGCUCGUGGGGGCGGUGGGUGUGGCCCUGCCCCUCGUCCCCCUCACCCUGCCCCCCGCCUGGCUGGCACUCAACUGGCUGGGCACGGCACGCAUCCUCGCUCUUUACCACCAGGCCGGCCAUAUGGAGAGUGAGCCCUUAGAUGACCCCUUCGAGGAGGCUGACCUUGAAAUCCUGCGGCCAGGUCAUGUGAACGUGUCUGGUGGGGAGCUGCGCACACAUGUAUUUGCCACCAUGUGCGGAACCCAGCCAGGGCCAACGCGCACAGCCAACAUCCUGCACGCCUUGGCCUCUGUGACGAACCUCUGUUGCGUGGACAAGAAGGGCGUUCUCUCCUGGCCCAACCCGACGGCCGAGAAGGUGUUUUUCCUGAAGAACCGAGGCCAUAACAACAUCAACAACAGUGCCCCAUCCCUCUACGGUGACGAUGGUAUGUUUGAGGACGAGGGUCACCUUCAGCGGUCCCUUCCCAACAACGCCACGAAAGAGUCCGAAUCGGUGCUCAUGUCCCUCACGCACGACCACCAGACAGCUUUCGGCCUGCAGUUUGACGACCCCAUGUGGAGGCGCUACCUGCUGUCCCUCAAGCCACUGGGCCUCAACAUCCUGCUCAACACCUGCAACCCCGCCACCCAGGAGCACUACACCCAGUUCUGCGCCCACAUCACCUGUGAGGCCAUGUACAACGAAGACCUGGUACCCGUCUCCCAGCGCAGUGGAGGGGGGGAGGGGUGGGAGGGGAGCGCGACCACCCCCCACCACACACCCCCGACCGAUAUUCCCGUGACAUCGAGAGGGUGUCUCUGUGAACUCGCCAAGCAGAUCGGAUUCUCGCAGCAAGCACAACAGCCCUUCGUAUUAGAGCACCAGCUGUCCACCUUCAGACAUGUGCCCCCAGAUAUGGCUUGCAAGGACCGGCUGGCCAAGAGUCUCAUGAUCACCAAGCUCAAGUUCCCGUUCCCUCACAUGGUCUCGGUCUUGGUGCGGGACAGGGCCUCGCGCAAGCUGGAACUCAUGUCUCAGGGCACAGCGGAUAUCAUUCUGGACUCUUGCACAGACUACUGGGACGGGCAUGACGUGUGUCCCCUCACUGAGAAGGACAGAAAGAAGAUCCUCGACUUCUACCAUCGGACGAGCCUCUCAGCCUACUGCACCGCCUUCUCCUACCGCCCGACCUCGUGUGUGGUGGGGCAUGACCUCUCUGCACUGUACAUGGAGCUGCCCCUGGACCCCUCGCACCUGUACUCGGCGGCCCGCACCCCCACGCCGCACAUCAGCACAGAGGCGCUCUUCGGGGACCAUCAUCACACGGAGUACGAGGAGGUGGAGGACAUCGAUGACGCUUUCCGAAUGCAGUGCAAGCAGAUCUUCAUUGGGAUGGUCACGAUGCAGUACCAGGCCAAGACCGACAUGGUUCAGAUGAUCGAGCAGCUGGACGCCUCGUGUAUUCGCUUCGUCCACUUCAGCAAAGAGAAUGAGCUUCGGUCACGCGUCUUCUCCGAGAAAAUGGGACUCGAGAGCGGCUGGAACUGUCACAUAUCACUCCUCUCCGACCGAACCAGGACUGAGAGCGGCAACUCCAGUCGGGCGGGUCAGACCUCGGCUUCAGUCAAGACCAGCGGACUGACUCUCUUCCGUCAGUCCAAUGAAGACCUGGGCAGCCCCGACUUGGCCAAGGCGCGCUUCCGGAGCUCGCUGGAGGUGUCGAAGGGCCUGAGUCACUCCGCGCCCUCAGCCAUCAACCUUGAGGUGGCGCAAGUUAAGUUCGAGGACGAGGUCUCCGUCUGCUCCGAGCUCAGCCACUCCUCCUGCUGUCGGGUGGAGGCGAGGAGGGUGGAGGGCACGGAGAUGGAGAUGGAGAGGGAGGAGGAGGAGGAGGAGGACAUGGACUCAGAGGAAACGAGGCUUGGAAACUUUGGCUAUCACUGCGACGGAGGAACCAGCGAGGAGUGCAUCAUGCUGGGGGGGGAGGAGGACGAGGAGGAGGAGAAGAAGAGGAGGGAGGAGGAGGACGAUGAUGGGGGCAGCUCUCGGUCACGCUCUCCCUCUAGGGUGACGGAGAGCACGGAGCGAUCACCCAUCAUUGACCUGACCAACCGGGCCAGGCUUCCCAAGGGCAUGGAGAACAUCCGGCCACACCUCAAGAACGUGGACAAUGUGCCGCUGCUGGUCUCUCUGUUCACGGACUGCACGCCGCCCACCACCCGUGCCAUGCUGGUGCUCAUGCAGGAGUACACGGAGGUGACGGUGGUGAUGGGCUCCUCCGCCAACGCCGAUAACAUGCCCCUCUUCAUGCAGGCCGACGCGAGCCUCUCCGUGGACCCGCUGUACCCCCAAGUGUGCAUGCGUGAGGCCGUGUCUGCGCGGCCCCCCACCAGCCACGGCCCGCCCCCCGAGGAGGUGGCGCGCGCCCUCAAUGUGCUGCCCUGCUCCCUGUCCCUCACGCCACACAGCAGGGUGUCCCUCGUAUCCCUCAUCAUGGAGGCCCGACACUACAUGCAGCAAGUGAUGAGUUGUCUGCAGUUUUGGGCGUGUUGCUGCCUCUCCCUCACCUUCCUGCAGCUCCUCGCCGCCACCGCUGCCCUGCCCCCUCUGCUGUCCUCGGGCGACGUGCUGUGGCUGGUGGUGGUGGUGGUGCCGUGGCUGUCGCUGUCACUGGUUGCGGCGCCCACCAACCCGGCCGUCAUGAACCAGGCCACCGGGAAGAACACCGUGCUCUUCAACAAGCAGAUCUUCCACUUCAUCCUGCGGUUCUACGUGUGCAAGUUCGUGCCGUCCAUCCUGGUGGCCGUGAUGUGCGGGGGCGCCACCUUUGCCUCCUUCUGCUACCAGCUGGCCGAGGGAGCCGACAGGCGGGGUGUGAGCGAGGGGGAGGACGAUGAUGGGUUCUACAAUGCCUCGUCACCUUACUCCUCGGCGUCCUCGGCAUCUUCUUUGUCUUCUGUUACUGAUGUCUCCACUGCCUCCAACUCCUCCUCCUCCUCCUCCUUCUCCUAUAGUCAUAUUACCUGCACUUAUGUUUAUCCUGAAGAAGAGGUUGUGAAUGCAGGCAGUGGAGGGGGGGUGCCUGGUGAGGGGGGAGCCUUUUGGUGGGGUGGGUGGGGGGAUCAGUACCCCGACUCCCUCAACCUGGUGCAGUGCUGUGUGGCCUUCCUGCUAGUCUACUACUUCUGCAUCAUCUCCGUGUCGUUCGUUCACCGUAUGUACACCGUAUGGCGACGCAACCCCAUGAAGAACAGAUGGUGGGCAGCGACCGUGUUUGCCCUGUUGGUGUUACAGGUCGUCUACAGCUGCGUUAGCCUGUCUGGAGGGAGGAACGGAGAAAUAGGAGGAGGAGGGAGGGAAGGGCCAGGCUUCUCCUCCCUUCCUCCCGCUAUCUGGCUCCCCUCCCUCCUCUGGCCCCUCCUUGCUCUCCCUCUUAACGAGUUCAUCAAGCAUAGAGAGAUUAGGAUCAACGUUCGCUACCAGAAGCACGCGAGGCUCGAGUUUGGGACGAAGCUGGGCAUGAAUUCACCAUUUUGAAGAUACCUCAACCACCACCACCACGUUAAUCCAGGGAGAGAAUGUGGAGUAAAAUGUGCAGCUUCUGAAAAAUAUAUUAUUAUUAUUAUUAUUAUUAUUUGAUUAUUUUUAAAAUUAUCAUUACUAGUACUAUUAUUAUUUUUAGUGCCAAACAUUUUAACUGGUUCCUAUAUUUUAAUGUGUGCAUGUAUAUAUUGUUUGACACACACACACGGCCCACAUUUUGGUUGGUAUUAUAAGACACUUUCGCUUCUCACAUCAGCUAUUUCCAAAGGUCAAAGAGAGGGUCAGUUGGGUUCUAAUGAGUGUUUCUUCAGGUUCACGGUACAGAGGAAGGGUCAAACUACCACCAAAGCCUUGUCAAAUCGGUGUUCUUGGGCUGCGAAAUGUCUUAUAAUACGACCCCUUUAUUUUGUGUGUAGGGAAACAAAAAAGACAAAUUAGUUCUAAGUCCAGAUGCCAGUGUAAAAAGCAAUAGUCUUAAGGAAGGUGAUCACUGUGUAGCUCGGAUUCAGUUAGUCUCAAGUGUAGAAAGAAGUUGAAAGAUGAUUUUGAGAACGUGAUUUUCGUGUUCAUUGAUGUAUUAUUGCCCAGGCUAUUGCUAUUACUAUUAUUAUUAUUAUUAUUUAUCAUUAUUAUUAUUUUAUUGUAUGGAAUGGACCACAUGCACAGAUUUUAGACUUCAAAACAUAUCAGAUCUUACUGUCAGAGGAAACGUAAGAUGGGUGGCCACAGGAGUCUCGUCAAAACAAAUCAAACCUCACAGUAGAAGGAAAUGUGAUAUAGGUGGACACGGGAGUCUUGUGGAUGUGCUAACUUAUGAGCUGGGAGGCUGUUCAUUAGAGAGGGCAAGGGUUUGUGGGGUGCUCGUCACCCGGCCAUCUGCGUUUGCUCUUGCUGCCAAGAAUUUGAUGAAGGAGGGAGUCCAUGAGGGUAUCCUGAUUGUCAUGCUCCUGAAUGUGGUCACUUUCCUGUUUCCCACACAUGCAGGGUAGGAGGGUUGAGGCCACAAGAGAUGGGGAGCAAGGCCAAGGAGGUGCCACACAGCCCCUCCCCCCCUUCCACCUCACAUGGAUGGUAAGACUUUAGUAACAAAUUUUAACUAGUGACUUGAGUGUUGGCAAGCAGAGUGUCUGGAAUAAGCAAGAGCCACUUCUUGAAAAUAGCUGUGUUCAUCUCCUGUGACACUUGCAUAACAGGAAGGAAUACUGUAUAGACAUGUUGAUACAAACUUAAAGUAAAUGUUAUAUUUUUUUAAGGAAUAUUAAACUAAAUUAGUAAGAUAUUUAUACAACCAAUCAGAAAUGUGGCAGACAUAUUUUAUAGCACUGCGCCGAAUACUUUGUUACUUUAUCUGGCUUUCAUCUCAAGUCUUGGCCGGGCAAAUAGUCAAGAUUUAUGAAAAAAUGUAAAGGAAUAUAUCUUUGUAAAUGACAUGAA